AUGAGAAACCACACGGCAAUAACAACUUUUAUCCUGUUGGGACUCACAGAUGAUCCUCAACUGCAAAUCCUGCUUUUUAUCUUCCUAUUUCUCACCUACAUGUUGAGUGUAACAGGGAACCUGACUAUUAUCACCCUCACAUUGGUCGACUCUCAUCUGAAAACCCCUAUGUACUUUUUCCUCAGAAAUUUUUCCUUCUUAGAAGUGUCAUUUACCACUGCCUGUAUUCCUAGAUUCCUGUACAGCAUGUCAACUGGGGACAAUACCAUUACCUACAAUGCUUGUGCCAGUAAAAUAUUUUUUGUUAUUCUUUUUGGAGCUACAGAAUUUUUUCUCCUGGCAGCCAUGUCCUAUGACCACUACAUUGCUAUCUGUGAACCCCUGCAUUACACGACCAUCAUGAACAGCAGAGUAUGUAGCUUACUAGUCUUCUGUUGUUGGGGAUCUGGCUUGAUAAUCAUUCUCCCACCCCUUAGCUUGGGCCUCCAGCUUGAAUUCUGUGACUCCAAUACAGUUGAUCAUUUUAUCUGCGAUGCAGGUCCCCUCCUAAAGAUCUCAUGCUCAAAUACACAUGUAAUAGAAAAAGUGGUUAUUCUUGUGGCUCUAUUUGGACUCAUCAUCACCCUAGUGUGUGUGAUUCUGUCCUACACACACAUCAUCAGGACAAUUCUCAGGUUCCCCUCUGUUCAACAGAGAAAAAAGGCCUUUUCCACCUGCUCUUCCCACAUGAUUGUCAUUUCCAUCACCUAUGGCAGGUGCAUCUUCAUCUACAUCAAGCCCUCAGCAAAGGAGGAGGUGGCCAUAAAUAAGGGCAUCUCAGUGCUCACCACAUCUGUUGCACCCUUGUUGAACCCCUUCAUUUAUACCCUGAGGAACAAGCAAGUGAAACAAGCUUUUAAUGACUCCAUAAAGAGGAUUGCAUUGUUCUCAAAAAAAUCAGUUUUGAUGAAUCAAAGUAAAAUGAAAGAAGAAAAUACUCUAAAUGUUUAA